AUGAGAUAAAUGGUGGUCAUCACUCUAGCGCGUACACCACGAAGGUGAGUUCCUGUUUUGUUCCUCUGUGACAAUUGUGCAUCCUUAAGCAACAUAAUGCUACCAAUAACGAUGUUUCGUGUAAUAUAUCGACAACGGUUAAUAAAAGAAGAAGGAUGUCCUCUGGUAGAAUGCCUUUACCAGUAAACUGUUACCGUUCUACUUUUAAUCGACGUCGCAAAAAGUGGAUUGAUUCCAUUUUUGCGAACCUUGGUGUAGCUGACUUGAGCCCUUUGAAGCCCGAAGCAGCAGCAGUUGGUAAAUCUUGUAUUCGUACACUGAUAUAUGUGCAAAGUGCGGUGGAGUAUACACCUGACCGUGUGGCCGUGUCCUGUUCUGUUGUCGAACCUGCAAUGUUCUCAAAUGAAGUCCCCAAGGACACCUCAACCAUGUCUACGGCAGAGCUUGGACGUGUCCGGCAAAUGGUCAUAGAGAUGUUGUUCAAUCUCAACCUGAAUGCUUCUGCUGCAGACAGAAUGCUGGUCUACAUAAGUCAGAAUUGUCUUAACGUGCCAACUAGUAUCCGCGGGUUGAUGCGAGGGUGUAGUAAUUGUGAACCGCGAUUUCUAGUAAACGGUGUUUAUUACCACAUCGGUUUAAAAUACAAUUUGAAGCGUCCCCUAGUCAGAUGGAAUGAAUAUCAGUCCACCACUCAGGUUGAAAUACAACUGAAUUACUAUGGGUUGUCCAUAGCCAUGAGUUUAAGUCAGCAUCUGCGGCCAUUCCUUGGUAGAAUCCGUAAACCUCUUUUAAGUGAAGUUUUCUUAGCAGGUGUUUGUGGAGUUUUCAAGAAACCCACUGAUUUUAACGAAAUGGCUCAGGAUUUAGUGGCCAAUGUUGUAAUGUCGCCUAAGUUUCUACGGUACGUCGAGUGGAGGGAAGUUUGCUGCUUCUUCCCCUGUACCACCACAAACAGGAAAUGACGACCAGUUAUGCAGCCUAUGAGUUAACCUAGCAGUUUUCGUUAAACACUCCCGGGUCUCCGAGGGUGGAAUCGUCCAACAAGGAAAUGAUCACAUUGCAAAAAAAUUCUGCGUAAGUUUCAUAUAACAAACGCAUUACAGUACUCAAAGGGAAUAGCGGAAACUUUGAAGGUUGCAACGAAGCUUCUUUCACUUUCCUCGGCGGAGACGCUCAACAGAACGGCAUCCACCAGCGCCAUUUCAAUAGACGACUUCCAUCUUCACUUUCCGCUGGUUCCCGAGGGUCAGCUAGAUUUAUUGGAAACGUCCUUGAAGGAUAACAACUUCACAGGGAUACUUGUGAGCUAAAAUCAACGAAGUCUAAAUUUGCAGACCGCAAAGAUGGUUGCGAAAUUGCAAGAUGAGCAGAAGCCAUCUUUGAAAGCAAUGAUGAACAGUAUCUCGAAAGCUUAUCUGGGCCAUGCUUGGGACUUCAAGAAAGACUGGGAUCAUCAACUUAAAUUUUCAUAAAGUCAUGAGAUGUAAGAUUUACGUUAAUCACUAUCCUAUAAUUAGCUGUUAUCACAUCCAAGUUCUCUGGGCCACUCAUGUCUCAAUGGGAAAUUGAAGGCAUCAUGAAUGCAACUGCCAAGUCUUGCUUCCGCAAUAUACGGGACAAGAUGGUCAGGCAUGUUAAGCCGAAAGCAUUAGUAAGUUGUAUUGUACAUCCCGUUAGCCUUUAAUCAUCUCAUCCCAACCGAAAGAAUUAAUUGUACUUUUCCAUGUUUACAGCCUACAACUGUCAUCAAUACUGAAGAGCACACGGAGCCGGUAGGUUUACGGUUUAUUCUGCAAUCAUGUUUGAAAACGUUAUCAAAAUCGCUUGGUAAUAAUUUACACUUCUUUUAGAAAGCAGAUGACAGCGAAACAGAAAACGUGUGAGACGUGAAAACUGAAAUCAACUGUUUGUAAUCAGUUUCAAAGAUAUAAAUUUCCUAGUAUU